AGGUAAAACCGCUUUGACAAGUUCACCUUCAAAUGAAUGCCGGGCGGGACUUCGGGGCCACUCAAGCUCUUCGCUCCACCUUCUUCAGCUGCAAAUCUUCGAGCGGUAAGGUGAGGCGGACUGGUGAGGAUGGGGAAGACUAUUAAAGACCACAUCUUAGAAACACUAGAUAACCUCCAAGAAAAAGAACUGAAGCGGUUCCGCGACGCACUGUCCUCGCAGACCUUCGACGGGGUAAAGAUCGCCAGGAGUAAAGUGGAAUUUGCAGACAGCAUCGACCUGGCGAACUUGAUCAUCAGCCACCACACCGAAGGCAAAGCCGUAGAAGUGACCGUCAUGGUGUUGAGAAAGAAUGGACUGAACCAGGAAGCGGCCGAGCUGGAGUGUAAGGCGGGCCCUGCUAACUUUUUGGAGAAGCACUGAGUGUGAUGAUGCAAAGAGUUGCAAUGGUGCUGCCCAUUUUCGACAGCCUGCUCGCAAAGAAGUUGAUUGAUAAUGAAUGUUAUGAAGAGGUCUCGUCUGAAGCCA